CAUAUUUAGAUCCUACCCAUGGGCUGGGCUGUUUCCCUCAAGGCCAGCUACAAAAGGCAUCUCUCCUUGUCAACACACUCACACAUCCAAACACAGCAGGGCAGGAAACUUACUGUGAUACUGCACUGGAAAGAACACAGCUUGUCUUAAAGUCAUGGGGAUAUUAGAUCUGUUUCUGCAGACCUCCAGUUCUGUCUCCCUGUCGGGGGCUCUGGUGGUCCUGCUGCUCAUCUACCUUGUUUCCACCUUCAGCUUCAACUCCCAGGAGAACAGGAAGGAUCCUCCAGGACCAAAACCACUUCCCCUGCUUGGUAACCUGCUGCAGCUGGACCUCGGGAGACCCUACAACACGUUACUUGAGUUUUCCAAGAAAUAUGGACCAGUGUUCACCGUCUAUUUGGGACCAAAGAAAGUGGUGGUCUUGGCAGGAUACAAGACAGUGAAGGAGGCACUUGUUAAAUAUGCUGAAGAGUUUGGAGACAGAGACCAGUUACAAAUUGUGAGGGACUUCAAUAAAGGACAUGGGGUUUUAUGGUCCAAUGGGGAUUCAUGGAAAGAAAUGAGGCGCUUUGCUUUGACCAAUCUGAGAGACUUUGGGAUGGGCAAGAAGGCAUGUGAGGACAAAAUCAUAGAGGAAUGUAACUUCCUGAUUGAAGUCUUUAAGAAAUUUAAAGGAGAAGCCUUUGACACAACCCAACCAAUGAACUGUGCAGUCUCUAAUAUUAUCUGCUCCAUGGUCUAUGGCAGCAGAUUUGAAUACGAUGAUCCAGAGUUUACAUCUCUGGUCGAUCGAACAAACAGAAACAUCCAACUUGCAGGUUCUUCAUCAAUGCAGUUAUACAACCUGUUCCCAUGGUUCUGCAAAUGGAUCGCUAACAGGAAGGAAUUCCACAAACUGGCUGAUGCCAAUAAGAAACAGAACUUAAAGCUGUUCAGUCGUCUGAAAGAGACUCUCAAUCCACACAUGUGCAGAGGAUUUGUGGACGCCUUUCUGGUCCGAAAACAACAUGCGGAGGAAUCUGGAAUUACCAACAGUCACUUCCAUGAUGAAAACCUUAUAGCCACAGUCGUCAACCUCUUUGCUGCUGGCACUGACACAACAGCAACUACACUGAGAUGGGCACUUCUGCUGAUGGCCAAGUAUCCGAAGACACAAGACCAGGUCCAGGAGGAGCUGAGCAGGGUUUUAGGAAGUCGUCAGGUGCAGGUUGAAGACAGGAAGAACCUGCCCUUCACUGAUGCUGUCAUCCAUGAGACACAGAGACUGGCCAACAUCGUCCCCAUGGCCCUGCCUCACAGAACCAGCCAGGAUGUCACCUUCCAGGGUCACUUCAUUAAGAAGGGGACCACAGUGUAUCCUCUCCUGACCUCUGUCCUGUACGAUGAGAGUGAGUGGGAGAGACCUCACUCCUUUUAUCCUGCUCACUUCCUGGACAAAGAUGGAAAGUUUGUCAAGCGAGACGCCUUCAUGCCUUUCUCUGCAGGUCGCAGGGUUUGUCUCGGAGAGAGUCUGGCCAGGAUGGAGCUCUUCAUCUUCUUCACCACCCUCCUGCAGCACUUUCGUUUCUCUCCUCCACCUGGAGUUUCAGAAGAUGAACUGGAUCUGACUCCACGUGUGGGCUUCACCCUCAACCCUUCACCUCAUAAACUGUGUGCUGUCUCUCAUAUGUGAGCGGCAGGGUCUGAAAAUACUGCUUAUAUUCAAGACAGGAGACGUUCAUUUCUUAAUCAGCUACUUUUAAGAUGUUAUCAGAAAAUUAAAUGUAACUGUUACAUCAUGAUUUGAUGUAUAUGUUCAUAAUUACAGCUGUGUACUUCCUGCAUGUUAGUGGUCAUGAUUUGAUGAGGCCUGCAGUAAGGCAUCAUUCACAAAUAAAAGAUGUAAUCCUGUUCCCAA